ACUAAUUCCACAUCAAACAAUAUCGACGUGUUUCUGGCACAGUAGAAUCUGUGUAAUCUCCAAGCAGAUCCUACAAUGGCAUAAGAUAGUACCAAACUGGCCAAGGAGAGUAGUCAGCCAAGAGGUGUCCAUUUGUCAUGUAGCAAAACACACUCCUAAGCCGGCGUCACUCCUCUGACAGCUUUUGAUACUAUCUUAUGCUACCGUAGGAUUUGCUUGGAGAUUAGAAUUUGCAUAUGUAGGAGGAUUUAGGAGGAAUCCAGUAUCAACAACAUGCUGAUGAUGUAUUUUCAACAAACUUACUGAUAUGCAGCUUCUAUCAUCACAUGGAACAUUGUGCAUGCACUACAUUACUGUAACAACACGGAGAUUUUAAUUACUACUUGUUGUAACCUUAAGUGAUAAUUAAACAGAAAUAAUGCGUAGAUAGAUUUAAAGUAAUAAUGCAUUUUAAGUUAUUACCAACAUUAGACAAGAUCAGUAAGUACAGCCUAUGCAAUAAGUUUCACGAUUUUAUAAUUUCAAUAGAUUUUAACGAACUGUUAGGUAUAGUAGAUGAUUUUACAACAAAUAUCCUGACUAUUCUUAACUUAAAAGAUCAGUUGUGUUGGUAGAAGUAAUUCUAGAUAAAGUCGAAAAUUUGGGUAAGUCCAAUCUCUUUUCAAAAUACAGUUAAACUCCAUUCAGAAUGACUUUUAUUACCAACACUAAUGAACUUUGGUGGGUCAAAUUUUUUGUGUUGAAAAAUGAAAUCACAGUUCAACUUUAUCCAGAAUGUUGGUUACUUGUUAGCUAUUCGUAUCGACCGAAAGUCCAUUGUAUAUGCAUUGUAAUUCGGCCAACUAUGCAUAUCGAGUUGACCGCAAGAUUGUAAAGAUCUAAAGUUUGAAUAUUUGAAUAAAACCAAACGUUUUCAAGUUUCGAAAUGGAAUGCAAUACUUUUGAAAAGCUGCAGGGGUCGCUUAGACCAUGCGUGGCCUUCAAUCCAUUGUCCAUGGCUGGCCAUGCGUAUUAAACGACCUAAAGUACGUCAUAACACAGGGACUGAGUCAUUAUUGUGCAAACCUGUACGGGCUACACGUUUAUCUGUUCACGAAAAUGCCUCCUACUCUCUUACAGAUCCUCUGUCGAGUUUAUUGAAAUUUUCUUAAGGUUGGCACUCAAUGAAACAAUGCUUUAUCCGCUGGAAACGUGGUAAUAUAGUCUUCUAAGCUUCUAAGCAAGUCUUUGUUGAGGAAACUGCCAACGUCACCCCCUCCCACGGCGGAAACAUUACAACAAAAUCAACAGCUUAAAAGAAGAAGGACGUCCUUCUACCUGGUAGUAUCUGUCUCGGACUACCCGUCUUGUUGUAAUCUGUACCAAGCAGCAUGGAUACCGGACCGCCUCCGCCGUACCCUCAAGCUGUGUACGCCGGAGAACAACCGACGGGACCCCCUCUACAAAACGGCGCCUAUCCGUACCAACAAGAUGGGGUCAGUUUUCAACAGGUUCCCCCUCCAGUUACCACCCAGCCGGUUGUCACCCCACAAGGUGUCCUAGUGGAGGAACAUGCGGCGGCACCUGGCGCUGUGGCUGCGGCACACAUGCACGGCAAGAAGAAGCGUCACAGGCACGGCGGCUCAGGCGGGUGGUGCGGCUUUUGCUACUGCGGUACAUGUCCCGACUGUGACUGUUGUGACUGCGGCGACUGUGACUGCUGUGACUGUGGCGACUGCGGCGACUGUGACUGCGGGGGCUGUGACUGCGGGGGUUGUGAUUGCGGGAGUUGUGGGGACUGUUUGUCUGUGUUGUGCUGUUUCCUGGAGUAGCGGUGGAUACUUGUACAGGAAAUUCAGGUCCAGGUCCGGUUUUAGUCCAGAGGAUCAGGGCCAGGUCCGGACCUGAACCUGGACCUAGUUGCCAGUGAAAACUUGUAAAUGGACAGUACUAACAACAAUUGUCCAUUUCGCCAGCAAGGAAUCUGUUUGAUGGAGUAUCCGCAGCUUCCAUUGGCCUUUUGAAAUUCUAUAUUCUUGUGAAGAACGCUAAGUUUGACCUUAAAAACUCUAUUCUACUUCGGUCUUGUUAUUUUCUUGGAUCGAUAGGCCCCAAACAUAUGGAAGCCUGCCGAUAUAAUCUGUUCAAUUUUUACUCGGUCCAACAUCCGGUCACAGAUUUUUCAGGUCCGUUUAUU